GCAAUGAACAUAUGUUUUUGAUGAAAACACAAGAAAAGGAGGGAAAAACUGGAAUUGUUUGUAAUUUGUUUGUUUUGCUGUUAAAACCCAAACAAAACCCAAGAUGGGUGGUGGAGAUCUAAACCUAAAGAAAUCAUGGCAUCCGCACACGAUGAAAAAUCAGGAGCGCGUUUGGAAGGCGGAGGAGCAGGCAAAGAUGGAGGAGCGCAAACUGGAGGAUCUUCGCAAGGAGAUCAACGAGGAGAGGGACAGGGAGGAGCUGAGGCGACUGGGCGAAAGAUCCGGCGUGCUGGGCAAUAGUGGUGGAGCAGCCGGCGAAGCCAAGCUGGAAUGGAUGUACAAAAACAGCACGGAGUUGAUCAAUCGCGAGGAGUACCUCCUGGGUCGCAAAAUCGACAAGUCCUUUGAGACCCUGCAGGCCGAGGAGCACCGCCAGGAACAGAACACAGUCGGCCUCAAGCAGUCCAUCAAUCAUGUGGAGCACGACUGCGUGCCCUUCUCCAUCCGGACAUACCGCAACCUGCAGUCUACCGAACAGGUGGACAUGCAGCGCAAGACCCUCGAGGAUCCUCUCAUGCUCAUCAAGCAGCGCGAAAUGGAAUCCCGCCGAAAACUUCUCGAGAACCCUGUCAAACUCAAGGAAAUCCACCGCAUCCUUAAGACCGAACAGGAUCUUAAGGCCUCCAAAGAGAAGAAGGCCAAGAAGAGCAAAAAGUCCAAGAAGUCCAAAAAGAAGAAAAACAAAAAGCGAUCCAGUGAUGAGGAUGACAGUGAGAGCAGCGAUAGCGACGAUGACUUGGACAGAAAACUGGCCCGCCAGGUCAGCAAACUCAAGGGGGACCACAGCAAUGGUGAACUCAAGUUGGACAAACUGCUGGACGCCAAAUAUCGCACUAUAUCCAAGCAACUAGAUUUGGCCACCAAGAAAAAGAGCAAGAAAUCUAAGAGGAAAAGCAGCGACAGCAGUGACGAAAGUAGUGACGACGAUCAAAAGCCUAGGCGACAAAGAUCUAGGGAACCUGAGUCCAGGAGAAGGGACAAGAGGAGUCCAGAAGAGUCUAAGCAGCGGGAGAGGCGCAGGAGCAGAAGCCCUCGAGAUAGAACAAAGCGACAGAGCAGAAGUCCAGAGCAAAGGCAAAGGCGCAGGAGUCCAGACGUGAGAAAGGAAAGGCGGAGGAGCAGGAGUCCCCAGGAGAGAAAAGAAAGGCGGAGGAGCAGAAGUCCCCAAGAGAGAAAGCAGAGACAGAGGACCAAAAGCCCAGAGGACAGAAAAGACAGACGCCGACGCCCAGAAGAAAGCAAGGAAACCUCUAAGCUGAAAGACAAACGUAGAAGUAGAAGCCCAGAGGAGCGUUCUAGAUCCAAGCGCAGCCGGAGCAGAAGUUCCAAAAGAGAAGAAAGACGAAGGAGUCCUGAGAGACCACCUCAACGAAGGGAAAGGGAGCGCAGUCCAGCACCCAAUCGACCCGCCGGCAAGCCGAAGCUUAGCGAAUCCGAUCGAGAAGCUCGUCUGCGCGAGAUGAUGGACAAUGCCACUUGGAGGGAAGCGGAUCGCACUCAGGUGGUACGCAAGCACCGAGAAGCCUAUGCCCGCGAAGAGGCCCAAAACCGUGAACGAGACUUCGACAAGGAGUUCAUCAACAAGGAGGUCAAGAAGGCCAUUGCCAACCACAACUCCAUAGGCGAUCGCAUCCGUGCCAAUCUUAACAAUAUCCAGCGCACCGCCUCCUCCAUGGACAGCAACUUUGCCCGCAAAUAAGCUAGGUUUCCUUUAUUUCAUAUGCAUUAUAUGGUUCCGCAACAAUUAGAUUCAACUUUUAAA